GGGGAAGAGUGUGAAAAAGAGAGAGAGGAGGCGUUCUUUAACAGAGAGAGGGAGAGGAGAGGAGAGCUAAAUAGUUGUUUUCUAACUCCAUGUGGCUCACACUGAGAGGUGUCUCUAGAAUAUUUUAUUUAUUUUUCUUCUGUUCAUGUUAUCACCAUGGAUUCUACAGAAUAAAAACCUUGUUAAACUGGGAUUUUCUUCAAUCUGAAUUCAACAGUAAAACAGAUUUAAUCUCAGACUAGUUGUGGGACUAGUUUUAUUAGGAUCCUACUAGUUGUCUGGUGUGGAUAUAAUACCAGUCUGUCUUUGAGAUGGGGACCAGAACUCUUCUACUUAUUCUGGGUCUUCAUUUCAGUUUACUGGGGAACCUAGAGGCCAGAGAUUGCGGCCUGAGCUUCACAGCCAAAACAAGAACACCGUGUGUUGAUACAGAUGAGUGUAACGAGUGGGACAGUACCCCACCCUGUGGAAACAUGGAUGAGUGUAAGGAGAAGACUGCUGAUUGCCCCAACAACUCAAUCUGUGUGAACACCCCAGGGUCCUACAUCUGCAACUGUCAGUCUGGGUACACACUAACAGAAAGCAGGUGUAAGGACACAGAUGAGUGUAAUGAAACCACUGGUAUCUGUGGAGAGGGAGGGACCUGUCAGAACCAGGAAGGAAGCUACAGUUGCCUCUGUCUCCCUGGAUACAGUAAUUAUGGCAAGAAACAGGCUAGGUGCUCAGUACUGACCUGUGACCAGUUCAAAGUGGAUGAGACUCCUGGACAGACUGUCCCAGGUUUAUCUGGUCUCCUGUCUCUGAUGAGGAACAGCUGUCUGGCGUUAAGUAACUCUGGGGACGCAGCCGGAAGGAGACUGACUGGAGAGAUCCUACUGGAGAAUGUAUUCACGGAGAUAGACGGUUUCCUGUCUCAAGGUAUCCUAAGCAACAGCCGGGAGGUGAGUGGGUUGCUAGGCACCGUGGAAGACGCCAUGAGGUUCAUCGGGCCGCAGCUCAGAGACAACCACACCACCAUGGAGACAGACAACACAGAGGCUGAGAUUGCAGUGAGGAGGGGACAGACUCCGCCCACUGGGCCAAUCAGCCUGGCCAAUGACAACGCUCGACUGGACACCAGCUGGGAGACAGCCACCGGCAACGGGACGUACACAGGUUUCGCACUGGCUGGGUUGGUGUGUUACAAGACAGUGGAGAAAUCUGUCAACAACUCCUUCCAGUACCUCACAGACACAGACACAGACACAGACACAGCAACCGCCACAGCAUCAAAGCCUAGCUACCAGAUCAGUUCCAAGGUGGUAACAGCUCUCGUCAGUAACCCAGCAACAGAACACCUCACCCAGCCUGUCAUCCUCACCUUCAAACAUCUACAGGUGAGGGUGGAGUCAUCAGAAAUGAACUAUACCUGUGUGUUCUGGUCGGAGGGGCGUGUCCAUGAAGAGGGAGGGGCGUGGUCAAGGCGUGGCUGUACCAAAGUCACGUCUAACGCUACACACACCGUGUGUUCCUGUACCCACCUUAGCAGCUUCGCUGUUCUCAUGGCCCUCUACCCUGUACAGGAUACCUUUGAGCUGCGUCUGUUGACGUGGCUGGGUCUGUCGGUGUCUGUGGUGUGUCUGUUGCUGUGCAUCCUGACCUUCUGGCUGUGUCGGUCCAUCCAGGGGACACGCACCACCAUCCACCUCCACCUCUGUGUCUGCCUCUUCAUCGCUGACCUCGUCUUCCUCACCGGCAUCUCUCACACACAGAGCAAGGGAGGAUGUAGGGUUGUAGCCGGUCUCCUCCACCUGUUCUUUCUAGGAUCCUUCAGUUGGAUGUUGUUAGAGGGGGUUCAGCUCUACCUCAUGGUGGUCCUGGUCUUCAACACAACCAUAAGACCUCUGUACCUGUAUGCUGUGGGAUAUGGACUGCCACUGGCUAUAGUCAUCAUCUCUGCUAUUACCUACCCAGAUGGAUACGGUACCACACAACACUGUUGGUUGUCUCUGGAGAGAGGAUUCAUCUGGAGUUUCUUCGGCCCAGUGUGCACCAUCAUCAUCCUCAAUGCUUUCUUCUUCAUCAUCACUGUCUGGAGGCUGGCCCAGAAGUUCUCUAGUCUCAACCCUGACCUCUCCAACCUACACAAGAUCAAGGUGUUCACAGUGACAGCAGUGGCCCAGCUGUGUGUGUUGGGUACUAUGUGGAUAUUUGGAGUGUUCCAGUUCCAAGAGGAGGGGACAGUGGUCAUGACAUAUCUCUUCACUAUCCUCAACUCUCUACAGGGAGCUCUGCUGUUCAUCAUGCACUGCCUACUGAACAAAACGGUGAGAGAGGAGUAUGGCAAGUUCCUGUCCUGUAUCUGCACACCACAGAAGAAGAGAUACUCAGAGUUCAGCACUACCAACCCUUCCUCCAGCCAAUCCCAGGGGUCAAGGGGUGCCCAAAACACAGGAGAGUUGCAGAUAUGAUGACAUCACCAAACUCCUACAAUGCACCUCUUUACUCCCCCUCCCUUUUCAGGCCUGGUCAGUAGAAAAUGUGCCCUACUAGCCCGGCGGGUUAGUAAACAUGUGCCCUAUCUAGAACCUAAAAUGGUUCUUCGGCUGUCCCUGUAGGAGAACCCUUUGAAUAACCCUUUUUUGGUUCCAGGUAGAAACCUUUUUUUGUUCCAGGUAGAAACCUUUUUUUGUUCCAGGUAGAAACCUUUUUUUGUUCCAGGUAGAAACCUUUUUUUGUUCCAGGUAGAACCUUUUUGGAUUCCAUCUAGAUACCUUUCCACAGAGGGUUCUACCUGGAACCAAAAAGGUGCUUCUAUGUGGAGAGCCCCUUUUUCUAAGCGUGUACUAGCCCGGCUGGUCAGCAGAAAAUGUACCUUACUAGCCCGGCUGGUCAGCAGAAAAUGUACCUUACUAGCCCGGCUGGUCAGCAGAAAAUGUACCUUACUAGCCCGGCUGGUCAGCAGAAAAUGUACCUUACUAGCCCGGCUGGUCAGCAGAAAAUGUACCUUACUAGCCCGGCUGGUCAGCAGAAAAUGUACCUUACUAGCCCGGCUGGUCAGCAGAAAAUGUACCUUACUAGCCCGGCUGGUCAGCAGAAAAUGUACCUUACUAGCCCGGCUGGUCAGCAGAAAAUGUACCUUACUAGCCCGGCUGGUCAGCAGAAAAUGUACCUUACUAGCCCGGCUGGUCAGCAGAAAAUGUACCUUACUAGCCCGGCUGGUCAGCAGAAAAUGUACCUUACUAGCCCGGCUGGUCAGCAGAAAAUGUACCUUACUAGCCCGGCUGGUCAGCAGAAAAUGUACCUUACUAGCCCGGCUGGUCAGCAGAAAAUGUACCUUACUAGCCCGGCUGGUCAGCAGAAAAUGUACCUUACUAGCCUGGCUGGUCAGUGUCCCGGAAUCCUUAAAUUCCACCCCUGAUUAGACACUUCAUAUUAUCCUUGAUGUUAACCACUGUCUUAUCAAGCAUUAGGUUAUCCAAUCAGAAGUUAUAUGAUCUACAUGUCACCCAAUAGGAAUCCAUAUGAUCUUUAUGUCAUCCAAUCAGAAUUUAUAUGAUCUUCAUGUCAUCCAAUAGGAAUCCAUAUGGUCUUUAUGUCAUCCAAUCAGAAGUUAUAUGAUCUUCAUGCCAUCCAAUAGGAAUCCAUAUAAUCGUUGUCAUCCAAUAGGAAUCCAUAUCCUCUUUAUGUCAUCCAAUAGGAUAAGAGGGAGUAGGAAGUGACAAUGAUGCAAUGAUGUCACAGUAGUUUCAUUUUCACCGACAUAACAUUUACAUUUCAGUCAUUAAGCAGAUGUUCAUAUGCAGAGCAUCUUACAGACAGAAAAGAAAGAAGGACCAUAUGAUCUUCCUGUCAUCCAAUAGGAAUCCAUACGAUCUUCCAAUAGGAAUCCAUAUGAUCUUAAUGUCAUCCAAUCAGAAGUGAUAUCCUCUUUAUGUCAUUUUUACAGCCACAAAUGAAGAGUACUAUUUUACCUUUAUUUAACUAGGCAAGUUAGUUAAAAACAAAUUCUUAUUUUCAAUGAGGGCCUAGGAACAGUGGGUUAACUGCCUUGUUCAGGGGCAGAAAGCCAGAUUUGUACCUUGUCAGCUCAGGGACUUGAACCUUGCGGUUAUUUGUCCAACGCUCUAACCACUAGGCUACGCUGCCACCCCAAUUUUUUUUACACCAUGUCGUCAAAUAGACAGAUGAAACCACAAUCAUAAACAUAAGCUUUCUUCCUUUACAUGAAUGUGGUAGAUUUAUAGUAAUAUUUAUUACCAAGAGCACAAGAUAGGACGACUUUUCUACACAAAUAAAUCCAGAAGGAUUUAGAAAAACCUAAGAUAUGUGAAGAAAUGUGUUAGUUGUGACCUAAUGGACUGUUAUACUGUAAAUGUGUAUAAUUUCUGCAGUCACUAAUACUUCAUAUUAACUCUCAAGAAUAGGCCUUUUUAAAUUAUUAUACAUAUUUAUUAAUACUUAUAACAAUUAUUUCAAAUGUUGUUUGAAUGUUAAUGCAAUGGAAGGCUUGUAAGGCUUACACAUUCUUAUAAAAUGUUUAUAAAGGCUUACAAAUAUAUAUAUAUUUGAAUAGUCCAUAAAUGGUUUGUUAAAAUGCUUAUUCGUGAUAGUUAUUAUGAAGUGUUACCAUAGCAACCUCUAUCAGGGCCUUCAUGCACCCCAACAAUCUGAAUGGACACAGAGUAUGAGAGGACGGCUGAUGGGUGGUCCAGAAGGGGGCUAGUUGAAUCAUUUUGAAUUUUUCAAACACCUGAAAAAGCUUUUUCCUGCAAUCUAGAGCCAUAACCAUUAUGCUUAAUUCUAUGUAAAAUAGAUAUAUAUUUUCUGCAUAUCUUUACCUCUUGAGCUGUCUGUACCCUCCUGACUGGUGAUUAUUGUUUAAAGAAACUAAAAUGCUUCUCUACAUUCAGUACAUUUAGUUAUUGCUUGCUUUCCCAAAGUCUACCAACCUUGCCAGCAGGCAGACCAGCUAAGAUAGUUAACAAACUGGUUAUGCCCCUGUGUCCCCCAUGGGCAUGAUGCCUCUGACCUCUGACCUCUAUGCAGCGUUCAUCAACAGGUUUUUUCAGAAAUCCCAGUUGAAAGAUUCCCGGAAUCAGGAGGAAAUAAGCAGGAAAUCUGGAAUUCUCCAAUCGGGAUUUUGGGGAAAACCUGGAAAUUUGUUUGAAAGGUUAAAGAAAAUGUGAUACCCUACGGGCGUUUUCCUGGACACAGGAAGGUUUGUUUACUUCUGAACAACAGAACCCGGGUCCAGCGACUGUGAACCCAACACCUUAGUUGUUACGCCAAGAGAACACAACCUCCUGACGAGGUCGCUAGGUGUUGGGUGAAGGCCGUUACAAUAGAUAAUAUUAUAAUAUCAUGAAUAAAUUGGUAGAGGUCCUUAGGCACAGAUCUAGGAUUAGAAUACAGUAAUGUACUGUACAGUUCUGCCAUGGUAGAGGUCCUUAGGCAAAGAUCUAGGAUCAGAAUACAGUAAUGUACUGUACAGUUCUGCCAUGGUAGAGGUUGUCCUUAGCCACAGAUCUAAGGUACAUCAAAUUAUUUAUUUUUUUACUUUUAAAUUAGUGAUUAGCCAUUGAUUCUUGAAGAAUAUGACUUAUAACCCCUUAUAAGCCCUUUCAGGUUCCCCCCUACACCAGACACUCAGCUGUCUUCAACAAAUUGUCAAAACAAUGUCUGCAUUCAAUAUAUUUGUUUUAUUCUAUUCUUUUGCACUUUUACUUCGACAAUCGGUUGGGUUUAGUUUAUUUAAAAAAAAAUACUUUUUAUUAAAUGAAAAAGAAUUCUAAGCAAUUGUGUAUUUUUAGGAUGUAUGAUUUUUAUGUCCUUCUAUGAGCAGAGUUCUGAAUGUAAGCAUGCAUUGUUGUACUUGACUGUGGGGGUCUGUAUGGCUGGGUGGGGUCUGUAUGGCUGGGUGGGGUCUGUGUGGGUCAGGGUCUGUAUGGCUGGGUGGGGGUCUGUAUGGGUGUGUCGGUGUGUUUUUUGGGUAUAUCUGUAAUUUUAGCCACAAUUAAAUCGUUGUUACAAAGAA